AUUCGCGUUAUUGUUAAAUCAUUUUUGGCAAGGUUUUAUCGUAUAAGUAUAAAAUUUACGUGUAUAUAUAUAUAUUUUUUCUUCGGGAUAUUUUUAGAAGAUUCAGUUUCGUUUACUUUAAAAAUAAAUGUUAGAACCUGAAGUUUAUAAUGUUCCAAUUAAAUUAAAAGUAGUAUAAUAUUUACAUAUUAAUAUAACUACGAGUGCAGGUUGUUGGAAUUCAAACUUCUAUAAGUUAUACUUAUAGGCUUAGAAUAGGCCUCAAGCGAACAGAAACUUAAUUAUGGUGACAAAACUCUGUCCAAACUGUACUAACCAGGUACCAGUUGCUUGUAAAGCCUGUCCUUGUGGCCACCUCUUCCGUAGAACUCUUGGUGGUCGUAAGGUUUCCGGAACCAAGACGGACAGUGAAGUGAAGUGUAGACGCACCGAACGGAUACGGAGAGAAAGACCUGACUAUUUUAAUGCUCUCCAUUUCGAUAAUCAAUUGAAGAAGAUCAGAAGAAAAGUUAAACAACGAUCCACAAAUAGCACUAGCAGCUCAACUAAUGAACUGGAAGGUGACUGCUCUAAUAGCGAGGAAAGUAAUUCAGCUGGUCAGAAGAAGCGGGGGCGGCCUAAAGGAUCAGUGAAUAAAAAAGAUAAAGAUGAACCUAAAGCAGGUGAGAAGUGUCAAGUUAUGUUGUAAGUAAACCAUUUAUUUAAGAUGAACCUGAAGCAGGUGAGAAGUGUCAAGUUAUGUUGUAAGUAAACCAUU